AUGACAGACGGCAUACGGACCAGCGCCACAUAUCUUGAGUCCCUCUUUGGUCUUCGCGGCCGUGUCGCUGUUGUCACUGGAGGCAGCUCUGGCAUCGGACGGGCGAUGGCCGCCGCCCUGGGCAUGGCUGGAGCUGCCGUUAUUGUUGUGGCUCGACGUCCAAGCCCGGUCCAGAAUACAGUCGAUUACCUCUCCAGUAAAGGAGUCGAGGCACACGGACUGCCUAUUGACGUCCGCGACGCCGACGCCAUUAGUAACGCGGUCAUCAAGCAAUACGGUGUCCCUGACAUUUUAGUCAACGCUGCAGGCAUCAAUACUCGGAUUCAUAUGGACCAUCUGUCAGUCAAAGACUGGGAUGAGACUAUAGCUGUCAAUCUUACGGCACCAUUUGCUCUUGGACAGAAGUUUGGACCGGCUAUGGCAAAAAGGGGAAGUGGACGCAUCAUCAACAUUGUCAGCCAGCAGUCGUUUAGAGCUUUUGGCAACAGCGGCGCCUACGGAGCUUCAAAAGGUGGACUCGUAUCUCUUACUCGGUCGCAGGCGGAGGCUUGGUCAUCACGAGGCGUUUUAUGUAAUGCUAUCGCUCCUGGUCUCGUUGAAACAGCCAUGACUACCGCAGUAUUAGGGGACCCAAUGAAGGCAGAAUCCCACGCAAUGCGCACCAUGAUACGGAGGAAUGGGGUUGCAGAAGACUUUGGGGGGAUUGCCGUGUAUCUUGCCAGUGACGCAAGCAAGGCUGUUACAGGUCAGGUUUUCUUUGUUGAUGGAGGGUACUCGGCGACAUAA